UUUUUUUUUUUGGCGGAUCCGCAUAUUUAUUUAUUUUUCCCCUAACAGUUUGUUUACAAGUAUUAAAGUUGUAAUUGGGAGCUGCCAAGACACAUCUGGAUUUGUGUUUCUUUGUGUUAGGGGGUGAUGUGCAACUAAUUAAAGGCAGACUGGCAGCGUCUGCAAAUCCUAAGGCUCCCCAAAUAAAAAGAGACUGUUGUAACAGUUGGAAGAUAAUGCAAAGGAAGACGCUGCCUGGAAAUUUGCCGUCUGUGGAUAUGUGCCCCAGAGAGGAAUAAAGCAACCCUUCACAGUCUCUCUUCCCAACCUCACCCCCCAAACUCGACCUAUCUUCCCCUCCGAACCCGGCCUCACCCCAACACCAACCAUCACUCCCUUCCCUCCUCCCCAUCUCCCCCCCUUUCCCGCCCAGGUGUCGGACCAGGCGCCCCCCUCUUCCACCCUGCACCCCUUCUUUCCCCCCUGCACCAUGAACACCAAUGUCUGCGUGGAGCCAGGACCGAGUCCGGAAGCCCCGGGCUUGCCCAAGGAGAGCCACCUGCCCGAGGGCGCCCUCAACAGCCUUGUGGAUUACAACUCGGAGAUGGAGCGCUACCGCUCCUUUGCAACCUCCUUCUACAAGACCAACGGGGGCGCCUUUCCGCAGGCGGCCAAGAUCGCGCGCAUCACUACGCCGAUCUUCCCCAGCAGCGCCGCCGCUGCCGCCGCCGCCGCCCGCAUCGGCAUGUCCCCCUGGAACUGCGACAACGCGGCCACCGCCGCCGCCGCCACCGCCAUGCUCUGGGGCAGCGGUGGAGGCGGAGGCGGAGGAGGAGGAGGAGGGGGAGGAGGAGGAGGAGGAGGAGGGGGAGGAGGAGGAGGGGGCGGCGGCAGGAAAUCCGCCGCCCCCUCCUCCUCCUCCUCCUCGUCCUCGUCCUCGUCCUCCUCCUCCUCCUCUUCCUCCUCCUCCAUCCAUCAGGGCAGCGGCGGCAGCAGCAGGACCAGCAUGCACCAUCGAAACGACUCCCAGAGGUUGGGCAAAGCUGGCUGCCCGCCAGAGCCGUCGUUGCAAAUGGCAAAUACUAAUUUCCUCUCCACCUUAUCCCCUGAACACUGCAGACCUUUGGCGGGGGAAUGCAUGAACAAGCUCAAAUGCGGCGCUGCUGAAGCAGAGAUAAUGAAUCUCCCUGAACGCGUGGGGACUUUUUCCGCUAUCCCGGCUUUAGGGGGCAUCUCAUUACCUCCAGGGGUCAUCGUCAUGACAGCCCUUCACUCCCCCGCAGCAGCCUCAGCAGCCGUCACAGACAGUGCGUUUCAAAUUGCCAAUCUGGCAGACUGCCCGCAGAAUCACUCCUCCUCCUCCUCCUCCUCCUCUGGAGGAGCUGGCGGAGCCAACCCGGCCAAGAAGAAGAGGAAAAGGUGUGGGGUCUGCGUGCCCUGCAAGAGGCUCAUCAACUGUGGAGUCUGCAGCAGUUGCAGGAAUCGCAAAACGGGACACCAGAUCUGCAAAUUUAGGAAAUGUGAAGAGCUAAAGAAAAAACCUGGCACUUCACUAGAGAAAUCGCCUUUGCUGCAUGUGAACAAUGUGAAUGGAGUUCAGAACCCUUACACUUGCACCACAACCAGCACUUUACAAAGUUGCUGGAAUACGUACGAAACAUUUAGGAAUCUUCCUCUAAGAACACCUGUUCCCAGCGCUGAAGCAUUCCGAUGGUUCUUUUAAAGGUGUAGUGUAUCUUAUUUUCAAGGCAGUCGGAAGUGAAUGGCAAACUAAAGUCUUGUUUUAAGAAACUGCUUAGUCCACCACUGAAGAAAAUAAUCAGAUACUUUUUUUUUUCAUUUUAUGUAUAGGGGUUUCCUCAAAAACAAACCACAAACAUAAAUAAAUCUGGGAGUUUGGGAAUUGG